AUGGUGCCUUUCAAAGCUGCAGCUCCUUGGCUAGUCUGCAGCUCCUUGGCUAGUGUGACCAUCCCCGGCUCAGUGACCCAGAUUUGCGAUUGUGCCUUUAAAGACUGCAGCUCCUUGGCUAGUGUGACCAUCCCCGACUCAGUGACCUGGAUUGGCGAUGGUGCCUUUCAAAGCUGCAGCUCCUUGGCUAGUGUGACCAUCCCAGACUCAGUGACCCACAUUGCGAAAAAUGCCUUUGAAAACUGCAACUCCUUAGCUUGUGUGACUGUCCCUGAUUGCGUGAUUGAGGAGGAUGCCUUCGCAGGAUGCAGUGCUUUGACUUUGGUCGUUCCCAUAUUUGGGCGAAGGUUGAGGGUUGCCGCCCUGACGGGCUGCAAGCAGAUUCAAGCAAAAGAAUGUGCAUGUCAAGAGUGCGAGUACAAGUGGUUUCUGAAUGGCUGGGUGUGUCCUCGACGGUGGGGAACUUGA